AUGGCCUUCUCAAAGGCGGUGAUCCAUAAGGCGCCUGACGGCAGGCCUGGGGCGCUUGUGGAACUGAGGCGGCUCAUGGACGCUUUGAGAGGGCCCAGGACCAAGCCAGAGGUGAGGCCAUGCCAGCGGCUGAUGGUGCUGAGAGCACGAGGGUAUGCCAUGGUCGACUGUUUCAAGCUGCUCAACAGUCAGGGGUGUGUGCGAGACUCGGGACUGGCGAUGUGGAACAAGUCACCUCACAGGCUCAGUGGCUCAUCUCCUUGUGUAGAACAACUCAAACAGGCCGCUGUAAGCUCGUGUGGACGAGGUGGCGUGAAGGGUGGUUGGAGCCACCAAGCAUUGAAUUGGAUUGAAGCUAACGGAACGAUUGCAGAUUUUGCCGGUACGAGGCAAAUGCAUGUUUGA